ACUUCCCGAACAAGUACGUUCAUGAAUGCCGUGGAAUUGAUUGGAACCUAGGACUUUGCAGAUUGCCUGGACACCUUCAAUGGCCAAGUGAAGUUAUUUGCUUCUAAGUCUUAUUUAUUUUUGCGAGAGACAGAGAGAGCCAGCGAGCACGCACAAACGGGGGAGGGCAGAGAGACAGGCGACAGAGAAUCCCUAGCAGGCUUGGAACUGUCAGCACAGAGCCAGAUGUGGGGCUUGAAUUCACCAGGAGAUCGUGACCCGAGCCGAUGUCGAGUCCACGCUUAACCAACUGAGCCACCCAGGCGCCCCGAAUGAAGCUCUUUUUAAAAGCUCGAGGGUGAGUAUGUGCCAAACCUAAUCUUGGACGUCUACAGGGAGAGAGCACAUGGCUAGGAUCGGUACCACUCCUGGAAGAAGUCAGCUGGAGAAAAAGCGGCUGCCGGAGCAAGACUGCGGCUACUCUGAAACCAUUCAGCCCGCUGACGUUUGAAAUCGAAACGAAAAGUGCACAGUUGCUUUGAAUCAGCCCUCCCGGUGGAAUCUUCCCGCCAUUUCAAGGGGCCGUUUCCAGUGUCCGGAUUCUCCACCGGGGGCAGCAACCAGAGGCACACAGAGGUUGAGGCUGAGAACUUGGAAUUUUUAAAUUGCAAAAGUUAUUUUUAUUUUUAAUUGAAGGAGACAGAGUUGACCUACUGAACCCUUACAGUGUUCAAGAAAGAUCAAGAUAAAAGUAGCUUUGUGGGGGGGAAGAUUAUGAAAAUCCUGGCUUGCCUUUGCAGUACUGGAGGGCGGAGGAGCUGGGGAAAAUGAUUUCUGUUCCAUGAAUGGUGCAACACUUGAGAAAGUUCCUUGACUUUUCCCACCUGUGGCUUCGCGGGGCGCGCUGCCAGGCUGGAGCUCGGGCGGCCCGGCGCAGGCAGCCCGCACGGGGGCGCUGUGGCCACGGGCUGAGCCCCGGGGGACCGAGGAGCCUCCGGGCGGCUGCCCUGUGUCCCCGGGCUGCAGGUGGCGGGGAAGCGGCGGAGCGGGCAGGGCGGCCGCGGGGGAGCGCUCGGGAUGGGGCGUAGACGCGGGCAGGGCCCGGAGGAGCCCUGAGCCGCGGGCCGGGUGGCGCCGCGCCGCGCUCCGAGGGCAGGCGCGAUGGCAGGGUCGUGGGGCGCCCCGGGCGGGACCCUGAAGGGCAACGGCAGCGCGCUGCUCAACGCCUCGCAGCGGGCGCCCGGCAGCGGGGAGGGGGCGCGGCCGCGACCCUCCUGGCUGGCCUGCACGCUCGCCUUCACCCUCAUCUUCACCAUCGUGGUGGACGUCCUGGGCAACCUCCUGGUCAUCCUGUCCGUGUAUCGGAACAAGAAGCUGAGAAACGCAGGAAAUCUAUUCGUGGUGAGCCUGGCAGUUGCGGACCUGGUGGUAGCCGUGUAUCCAUACCCCUUGGUGCUGAUAUCUAUAUUUAACAACGGGUGGAAUCUGGGCCAUCUGCACUGCCAAAUUAGCGGGUUCCUGAUGGGCUUGAGUGUCAUUGGCUCAAUAUUCAAUAUCACUGGAAUUGCCAUCAAUCGCUAUUGCUACAUCUGCCACAGCCUCAAGUACGACAAGCUGUACAGUAACAGGAAUUCCCUCUGCUGCGUGUUCCUGAUAUGGAUGCUGACCCUCGUGGCGAUCGUGCCCAACCUGCGUACCGGCACCCUGCAGUACGACCCGAGGAUCUACUCCUGCACGUUUACGCAGUCUGUCAGCUCAGCAUACACAAUCGCGGUAGUGGUCUUUCAUUUCCUCGUUCCUAUGACCGUAGUCAUCUUCUGCUACCUGAGAAUAUGGAUCCUGGUUCUUCGGGUCAGGCGGAGGGUGAAACCUGACAGUAAACCCAAAAUGAAACCACAGGACUUCAGGAACUUUGUCACCAUGUUUGUGGUUUUUGUACUUUUUGCCAUUUGCUGGGCUCCUCUCAACUUUAUUGGUCUUGCCGUGGCUUCAGACCCCGCCAGCAUGGUACCCAGGAUCCCAGAGUGGCUAUUUGUGGCGAGUUACUAUAUGGCAUAUUUCAACAGCUGCCUCAAUGCCAUUAUAUAUGGGCUCCUGAACCAAAAUUUCAGGAAGGAAUACAGAAGAAUUAUAGUCUCACUGUGUACAGCCAGAAUGUUCUCUGUGUGUCGUUCUCAUGAUGCUGCAGAUAGGGUUAAAUGCAAACCCUCUCCGUUAGUGACCAACAAGAACCUAGUAAAAGUGGACUGUGUUUAAAACACAAAGCAUUGCUGACAAGGUGUACACACUUCUCAAGGUCUUACUCAUUUUCGUGGUUGCCUCCCUCUUGACAGAUGCCUAGAAGCACAGGGUAGUCAAGAAAACUUGCACUGUUAGGAGGUUGGCUCUAGUUUAUGAGCUCUGUGGGUUCAGCCUUUUGAAUCGGUCUCUAAUUCUGCUUAUGAAGAGAAAUACAGAACCUAAGAGUUAUAUGUUAAUUGGAGAACAUGGUUCAGGGACAGAGGCGUGGGCGGGCAAUGAUUUUAAAUAAAAAUGCUAAAUGUAUUCACGUGGAGAAACAGUGUGCAAACUUUUAUGGCAAAUGAGCGUCAUAAAGCAUUUGCUUUUUUCCUCCACUUUUUGAAGAUUUCUUGUAGGAAAACAAAUGAUGUGUCGUAGUCAUAAGCAAAGGGAACAACAAGAGAGAAGUGGGAUGACUGAUUCAUUACACAGCGACAGGCUGAAAAUAAAUCAGGGAAUAACAACACAUCAGCAACAAACCACAGCAAAGUUUUCACUUGGCAUUGGUAGCAAUGGGUGACUAUAGUCAUGAUUCUAAAUGCGGUCUCUUUCUCUCGAGUGUUGCAUGUUCAACUAGAUAAAGAAUGAACUAUAUGACGGAGCUCUUUUCCAGAUCUCAAUAACCACAGUAUUUGAAAGCAAUAGCGAAAUACAAAAUUCUAUUGGAU